CGGCUGUGCCAAGCAAGAUCCGAGAGAGGGAGAGCGAGAGAGAGAAAGAGAGAGAGAGGGGGGGAAGAGGAGAGAGUGAGAGUGAGAGAGAGAGAGAGAUUGUGAAAAGACCGGCAGGAGGAGUGGGACUUGCUAUAAGGACACUAGCGACUCUUAAAUCCAGCAGCUGCUCUGUUUUUUACGCAGCAGAUUUGAAGAAACAAACAUCCACACAGGAGGAGCUGGGAGUGAAGGGAAAGCCUCCUGAUACAUCGCUGCUGUUUCACAUCUUCAGGAAUCAUCCUCAGCGGCAGACUAACUCGGGGGACCACCAGGACCUGCUACCAUGACCCGGGCUGUGGAUGUUGUGCUCACCGCUUUGCUCGCCGCGUCCCUCUCGUGCCGGUGCGCCCUCGCCGGUUACGGGAUCAGCCUGUUCGCGGCGCAGACCUCCCCCCCGGACCCCUGCUACGACGAGCACGGCAACCCGCGGCGCUGCAUCCCGGACUUCGUCAACUCCGCCUUCGGCAAGGAGGUGAAGGUGUCCAGCACCUGCGGCAAGACCCCCAGCCGCUACUGCGUGGUGACCUCCGCGGAGAAAGGGGACGAGAGGACCAGGAACUGUCACACCUGCGACGCGUCGGACCCGAGGAAGUACCAUCCUCCCGCGUACCUCACGGACCUCAACAACCCGCACAACCUCACGUGCUGGCAGUCGGAGAACUUCAUCCAGUACCCGCAGAACGUCACCCUGACUCUGUCCCUGGAGAAGAAGUUCGAGGUGACUUACGUGAGCCUGCAGUUCUGCUCGCCGCGGCCUGAAUCCAUGGUGAUUUAUAAGUCCAUGGACUACGGGAAAACGUGGGUGCCCUUUCAGUUUUACUCCACGCAGUGCCGGAAGAUGUACAACAAACCGAACCGAGCCGCGAUCACCAAGCAGAACGAGCAGGAGGCCGUGUGCACGGACUCCCACACCGACAUGUACCCUCUGACCGGCGGCCUCAUCGCCUUCAGCACGCUGGACGGGAGACCCUCCGCGCACGACUUUGACAACUCCCCGGUGCUGCAGGACUGGGUCACGGCCACCGACAUCAAAGUCAUCUUCAGCAGGUUGCACACGUUCGGGGACGAGAACGAGGACGACUCGGAGCUGGCCCGGGACUCGUACUUCUACGCCGUGUCCGACCUGCAGGUCGGGGGGAGAUGCAAGUGCAACGGCCACGCGUCCCGGUGCGUAAAGGACCGGGACGGGAGUCUGGUGUGCGAGUGCAAACACAACACCGCGGGGCCGGAGUGCGACAGGUGCAAACCUUUCCACUACGACAGACCGUGGCAGAGAGCCACAGCCCGGGAGGCCAACGAGUGCGUGGGUGAGUCCAUCCUCAGUGUCCGUCAUAGAAAAUGA